CUCUCAGCGAACGCAGCGCGCUCUGCAUAAAGAAUGUCACUGGUGAAUCUGAUUGGUGAAAAGGGAGUGAAAUUUUUAUAAAUUCUAGUGUUUUCCCCCCGAGGAAUCACACAAAUUGCAUUUUAUCAACAAGACAAGCAAGGAAUUGCUGAGAUUGCGAUGAGUCCAGAGGAUUUGGCGCCGCCCAAGGCGGACUUUAGCGCUCCGCCGCCGUACGAGGUGACGGACAGUCACCCGGACGGCGUACCACAGAGCGCCACGCUGCCGGGCAGCGUGGACAUGGCGAACUGCGGCAUCCCCAGCGGUAAGCUGCCGACGUACGAGGAGGUGCAGAUGGAGAAGAGCCGCCACGGAGAGCUGCCGCCGGAGCUGGGCGGCCCCACGGCGGCACCCAUGCCGCCACCGCCGCACCCGAACCUCGUGGCGGGCGGGCGGGCUCCGCUGGGCAACGGCGCGACGCCGGCGCUGACUUUCAUCGCGAUCGACGCCGGGGAGACGGACAACAUGGCGGGCGACAACAGUCUGCUGGGCACGGACAUCGUGUUCGUGACGGCAUUCCUGGUGGCGUUCCUGUUCAACUGGAUCGGCUUCCUCAUGCUCACGUGCUUCUGCCACACGAUCGCGGCGCGCUACGGCGCCCUGUCCGGCUUCGGGCUGUCGCUGGCCAAGUGGACGCUCAUCGUGAAGCACUCCACGGAUCUGGCGUCGCACGAGAACUCGUGGCUGUGGUGGCUCAUCAUGGCGUUCGGCUUCUUGAUCUGCGUGCGCGCCCUGGUGCAGUACAUCAGCAUCAAGCGCACGUGGCGGCUGCUGUCCGCCUCGGCACAGGAGCGCCUCCUCUUCUUCUACUGAGUGCUCCCGGCCUCGGAGGCGCCCCUGCUCACGCGGUUCCACGGGAUCCGCCCCGUCGGCGCCCCCGCCGUGGCAUAAGAUGUCACCACACCCCACGAGACACCGGCACGCAGUCCACACACGACACGGGCAGGAGAAGAGCGAGACCGAGAGAGAGAGAGAGAGAGAGAGAGAGCUUGCGGAGAGUCCUGCGCAUGAGAGCAUAAUUAGAUUAAUGUUUUACUUUCUAGAUAUCCUAUUAUCACCAAAUAUUCCACGUAUUUUAACUACUCCUUGUUUCUCUUUUGUAUUCGCGAGGGGAGAAUCCCGUGCUCGCCUCCUAAAUUCAUUUUACUUUGUGUAAAUAUAAUAAGUUAAUUGUUAUUUACUCACGCCUACAAUCUGUGUCUUAUUUUGCAUCUCUUCUUCCUUCUGGAAUUUGUGUUGAUUUAUUUUUGAGUCUUUUGUGAGUCAUUCAAUGCGCAAGAGCUCGGAUUUACUUGCAGUAGAUUUGUAGUAUCCGUCCAUCAUUGGAAGAUUGGCAGUGUUAAUUUUGCUCUGACGCCUGAAGAAAUAGGAAGUCACGAUUGCCACGCUAUCUUAUCUUGGCCUUCCAUUGUUAAUUUAUCAGUUCUCUUCGCAUAUGGUGCAAAUAUUAGGUUUUUCAACUGCGAAAAUCGACAAGACAAUCUGUUGAUUUUAGCAAAUCUUUGUUAUUUCUGUGCUUCAGUGUUUUUUUUCGCAAAAGGGAAGUUUAAGGAAUUUUGUAGUCUCGAAAUGGGUUUUCAAGAGGAAUAACAAAGAAAUCAAAGACAUAUUUGUAAGAUUAAAAUAACCUAGACGAUCUUUUAGUUUCCUGAGAAACUUGAUAGUGAGUAAGAAUAAUAAUUAGUCUCUGAUAAAUUGUCCUUGAUAGAGGAGAGAGAGGCAUUUCCGAGCACUGCAUUUUAAAAACUAAGAAAAACACCAAAUCUCGUGGUCGUUAAUAUCGUUUUAUCGCCCCUUUUAAGUGGUUUUCCCUUGAUCUAAGAAAAUAUUGACACAAAACUUGUGUGAGAAAUUAUUUCAAAUGGAGAAUUUUUCAUCGUUUCUAUAGUUUUAUUCUUAUCCAACCAAUUCAUUUCUUUUCAUAUAGUAAAUUUCAUUAUGGUUCAUCCAAUCAUCAGCAAAAUAUAAACCAAGGUAAUGUUUUGUUGAGACUGAAAAGAACUCAUCAAUAGAAUGGCAAAUGCAAUUACAGUUUGGCUGACAUUUAGACAGUAACUCUGAAACUAUUCAUCAAUGAAGACAAAUUUUUCCUAUAUUUGGAUUAGGAGCAGUUAAGAAGCACUGCAAAAAAAUUGUAUCUAAAUUCGUAGACAUAUUCUAAGGGAAAUCCGAGCUCUCCAGUUACUGUUCAAUCCCGGAAACGUGCUAAAAGAAAUCUGUGUAAUAGCUAGUCCUUGUCUAGCGCGAAUGCGAGGAAGUUCUAUUUUUGUAAGGCGAAGGAGUGCUUUUUCCACAAUCACUUCUUCCUCCUUUCUGCAUUCGCGCCUCUCUAAACUCUGUGGCAGUCAAUUUAACGUGAAGCAUAAAAUAACCCUAUGACAUUUCCCCCCUAUCAAAUCCCAAAAUGCAAAAGAAAUAAUGUAACUGUGCGAGAUGUGAAUUCCUCUCCCCCAAAAAAAAAAGUGACUGUAUAAGGAAGAUAAGGAAGAAAAAGCGGAUAAUAAAGGUUCAUGUGUAAUUGUAAUUGAUA